GAAACUGAAAGAAGAAGUAGUGAAAAGUGGAGAGCGCACAGCCCACUGUCGCCUUUCCUGGGGGCGGAGGAAAUUGCCGCCGCUUGGAGCCGGCUUUCCUGCCCCCAUUUCCCCCCAGAGCAUCCUGCUUUUUCCCCUCCCAGGUUGGGACCCUGUGGCUACGUUUCUCUGCCCUCGAGGGAGCCCCAAGUGACAUGGGGAGCCCUUCACUCUCCCGCCGCAAUUGGACGCUCCUUGGUCUCUUGUCGCUGCUCUCCGGGAUUUGGGGUGAUUGUGGACCUCCACCAAAAUUGAACAAUGCCGUUCCAGAUGAAAAAUUUCUUGGAGAAAGCUUCUCUUACAUGCAGUCAGUAACCUACAAAUGUCUGGAUGGUUUUUAUAAUAUCUAUGGGAAGCUGGAUAUUGUAACAUGCCUUUCAGAUUCACAGUGGACCUCCAUCGAGGAGUUUUGCGAACGCAGCUGUGUUAACCCACCAAGGUCCAGAUUUGCUAGAAUAAACCCUAAGGAUAUCCACACCUACUACCCCGCAGACUCCAAAGUUUCCUAUACGUGUCGUCUGGGUUAUAACACCAUCCCUGGGGUCAGUUCUACUGUGACAUGCUUUACAAAUUAUACCUGGACAGCGCUCCCAGUUUUUUGUGAAGGGAAACCAUGUGGUGAUCCAAGCAAACCAGAAAACGGUGACACUGUUAUUCUAACUAACCUCCUUUAUUUAGCAAAAGUAAACUUCAUCUGUGAGGAAGGGUACAAAUUAAAUGGAUCAUCUUCAGCCCAGUGUGUCCUAGAGGGAGAUGGAGUUAAAUGGAAACCAGAUCCUCCAAAAUGUCAACGUGAUUGUCCCGCUCCAGCCAGGCAGCCCCAUGCGACAUUAAGGGAUGGACCCGCGAAAGCCAGCUAUCCUGUUGGAACAGUUCUGCGAUAUGAUUGCAUCCCAGGUUAUCAAUUCAAAUCUGGAGUAAGACCUAUUAUACGUUGUCAGGCCAAUUUUAAGUGGUCAUCAGAAUCGAGUCUUUGUGAAGGAAAAAAGUGCAGGCCUCCAACUAUAAACAAUGGCAGAUUUGAAGGCGGUAUCCAACUUGGCGAUGAAAUAACUUUUUACUGUGACUUUGGGUUCAGAUUACUGGGGGCCAAGACUUCUCUAUGUGUUUUGACUUCAGGCAGAGACGUUGGCUGGCAGAGAAGUCCUCCGUACUGUGAAAGAAUCCCUUGUAGUCGCCCUCCCCAAAUUGCCAAUGGAGAUCACAGUGGUGACAUAAGUCUUGAUCACUAUGUGCAAGGCCAAGUGGUAACCUACACUUGUCACAAAGACUUUUCCCUUAUUGGACAUCCAAGUAUUACCUGUAGUGUUGCAGCAGAUGGCGUAAACGGAAAGUGGGAUAGACCGCCACCGGAAUGUAAAGUGGUCAAUUGCCCCAGACCAAGCAUUGCAGACGGAAGGCUAACAAGUCCAUUUCAGCCUACAUACAAGUAUAACCACGUUUUACAAUUUGUGUGUCAUGCUGGCCACACUCUGGUAGGAAGUCAGUUUGUCAAAUGUGGUGCUGACAAUCAGUGGCAUCCUGAACUUCCAACUUGUGUCAAGGGUAUAUUUACAACUACAACUACCACCACUGCUGGAGGUGGUGGUGGUGCAUUGAAAGGUUGCCGCUAUUUGUUGUGA